UGCAGGCGCUCAAUGAAUGUAGUGUGUAGUGGUAGGAAUGUAUCGGACAGUAGUCAAUGGCUAUUCUGCUUACUUUGGGCGGUCAACGUCAUCAGAUCACGUGACUCGGCGCCUCCGAUUAAUAUGUACGUGUUCCUGCAUUCGCAGAGCCGCAUUAAAGAAGUGAAGUCGUAUGUGCUUUUCCUUGCGGUUUACUCUCGCUCACGCGAAGAUAGGGUUCACGUAUUUUGAAGUCCGAAAGAUCUCGGACACCUGCAGCAUUAGAUUCUCAAAUUUGGAAGCCAGACAAAUAGCAACAAAAUGGGUAUUAAAUUCCUCGAGGUGAUCAAGCCAUUCUGUAGUAUUCUGCCGGAAAUAGGAAAGCCCCAGCGGAAGAUACAAUUUAGAGAGAAGGUAUUAUGGACAGCGAUUACUCUUUUUAUCUUUUUGGUCUGCUGCCAGAUUCCAUUGUUUGGAAUCAUGUCAUCGGAUAGUGCAGAUCCCUUUUAUUGGAUUCGUGUAAUUUUGGCUUCCAACAGGGGAACGUUAAUGGAACUAGGAAUUUCACCAAUCGUUACAUCUGGUUUAAUUAUGCAAUUAUUAGCUGGUGCUAAAAUUAUUGAAGUCGGUGAUACUGCAAAGGAUAGGGCGCUAUUUAAUGGAGCUCAAAAAUUAUUUGGAAUGGUCAUCACAGUCGGACAGGCAAUUGUCUACGUAAUGACAGGAAUGUAUGGCGACCCAGCUGAAAUUGGAGCUGGAGUAUGUCUCUUGAUCAUCAUCCAACUGUUUGUAGCAGGACUGAUUGUCUUGCUAUUGGAUGAAUUAUUGCAAAAAGGCUAUGGUUUGGGAAGUGGUAUUUCUCUUUUCAUCGCUACCAAUAUUUGCGAGACUAUUGUUUGGAAAGCAUUUUCUCCAACUACUGUUAAUACAGGCCGUGGUACGGAAUUUGAGGGCGCAGUCAUUGCCUUGUUUCAUCUUUUAGCAACGAGACAAGACAAAGUUAGGGCUUUGCGGGAGGCAUUUUAUAGGCAAAAUCUUCCAAACUUAAUGAAUUUAUUAGCCACGAUCUUGGUAUUUGCCAUUGUGAUAUAUUUCCAGGGAUUCAGAGUGGAUUUACCAAUUAAGUCAGCGAGGUAUCGUGGUCAACAAAGUAGCUAUCCCAUUAAACUUUUUUACACGAGCAACAUUCCAAUUAUCCUGCAAUCUGCGCUGGUCUCUAACUUGUACGUCAUUUCUCAAAUGUUGGCCGUGAAAUUUCAUGGUAACAUUAUUGUCAACCUGCUUGGAGUCUGGUCGGAUGUUGGUGGCGGUGGCCCUGCUCGAUCUUAUCCCGUCGGUGGACUAUGCUAUUAUCUCUCCCCACCUGAAUCCGUAGGGCACAUUGUACAGGAUCCUGUACACGCUGUUCUCUACAUUCUUUUCAUGUUGGGAUCCUGCGCAUUCUUCUCAAAAAGUUGGAUUGAAAUCUCCGGAAGCUCCGCUAAAGAUGUUGCAAAGCAAUUAAAGGAUUCUCAAAUGGUAAUGCAAGGUCAUAGAGAAAAGUCUCUGAUUCACGAAUUAAAUCGCUACAUCCCAACUGCAGCGGCAUUUGGUGGUCUUUGCAUUGGCGCUCUUUCGGUACUGGCAGAUUUCUUAGGUGCAAUUGGUUCUGGAACUGGUAUUCUACUUGCCGUUACAAUUAUAUAUCAAUACUUUGAAAUUUUUAUCAAAGAACAAAGUGAAAUGGGUGGUAUGAGUACAUUACUCUUUUAAUGACUUAAUUUUAUAAAAUUCACAGAAAGUGAAAAAGCAUCGUGAACUGAAAAUUUAAUUUAUUAAGAG